AUGUAUCCAUUUUCUAUCUCUGAAGACUCGGCUGCGGCUGGACGCUGCAUUGUGAUCCUAUGCAUGGGCAAACACCCACUUGACACAGAUGAAAACAUCAAGGAUCUACUUGAUAGUCUUACUGCAAAGCACCACGAUGUCCUAGUCCUUAUCUGUGACGACCCCUGCAAAUACGACCAAAUGAUUCCGAGAAGCAUGACCCUCGAGGUUGCUGAAAGUAUGGUUAAAGAAGCUGGUGAUCAAGCAACUGCUCAGAUCAACCGCGUGAUCAAAGACUGGAAGCUUGGUAACGCAACUUCGGCAAAAAUUACGCUUAUCCGAUGGGCUGAUAUAAUCGACGAGGAUUAUACCAAGCUACUCGACGUGGUGGACAGUUUCCGUGGACGAUUUGAAGACCUCAUCCGGGGAAGUGCUGGAGAAUAUAUUCAUCGCCGGGUUCCAACAGCUACUCUCAAUGAGAGACGGCUAGGAUACUUUUCUCAGCAUCUUAUCGACUGUCUACCGCUAUAUCUAUUUGGUGCCACAUAUGGCGGUAACCGGUAUUCAUAUGCUUACCAUCCUAUUUUUACACCCGGUGGAACCGUUCACGAUCUAGCCGCGUCCUAUAGGUCACCGAUUAUGGAUGUGGUUGAUGCCUAUCGGAGUGAUAUAGAGUUCAUGGAGGAGGCGCGCAGGAUUGUCUUAGACAGUCCUUCUAUGCAAUGGAACCGUGUUUUUUUCGACAAGCCAGUUAUCUGA